AUGCAGGAGAACGAUCAUUAUGUUUACUAUAAUAUUGUUGUGAAGGUCGCUACUCCUAAUGGGUGCCUGGCAUCAACAGCUACCAGAGAAUGCUCGUCCGACCAGAAAGGGGUCCAGAAGGUGUGCAAACCGACUGGUGGUCCAUACUCACACUAUAAACUNUGGACAAACGUUGGGAGUUUGGGGAAGUCGGCGGAUGAGCCUGGAGUGAAAAAUGUGACAGUUACAUCAUCAACUUUUGUCGGGACUACGAAUGGAGUGAGGAUUAAGUCUUGGGGAAGACCGAGCAAUGGGUUCGCUACGAAUAUUCAUUUUCAACACAUUAUUUUGGAUAAUGUGGAGAACCCUAUCAUAAUUGAUCAAAAUUACUGUCCACACGACCAAGGUUGCCCCGGUCAGGAUUCAGGAGUAAAAAUUAGCGAAGUAACUUACGAAGAUAUCAAGGGAACAUCAGCCACUGAAAUAGGAGUCAACUUUGAUUGUAGCCCAACAAAUCCUUGCACUGGAUUAAGCUUGGAAAACAUUAAAGUGACUUAUAAUAAUCAAACCGCUAAAGCUUCAUGCAAAGAUGCCAAAGGAACUGCCUCUGGUGUGGUUGAACCUCCUAGUUGCUUAGAAUAGACGAACCUUAUUUUAGUAUUAGCCGUGUAUUAUAAAUAUGGAUAGAAGAGUUCUAUUGCCUGAACCUAAUAAACGAACUCUUAUG